AUGGCACCACCACCAACAGCAGCACGAGGCGCUCCUGACGCCGCAGCGAUGAAAAGCCGCAUCAUCACACACAUGAACGCAGAUCAUCAACUAUCACUGCGUCUGUACCUGCAGCACUACUGCCACGUGCCCUCCAGCGGCACGGCUCAAGCCAGCCUGGAAGACAUCACGACGGAGCACAUCAUUCUGAACUCUUCGUUCGGCAGACACGUUGUCCCGUUCGAGCCGCCGAUGAAGUCGCUCAUGGAGGGCCGCGAGAAACUCGUCGCCAUGCAUCAGCACUGUCUCAAGGAGCUCGACCUCAGCGAUAUCGUCAUCGAUAGUUAUCACCCUCCCAGCGGCGUGUUCCCGUACGUCCUCGGAGCACUCGUCGUGUUGAUCUGCACGACGUUUCCGUUCCGCGACAAUCUGCGGCCGGAGUCGCGCAGUCUCAUCUACGACAUUUGGUCGGUCGGUGGACUGGUGCCCGGGUUGGCUUGGCUGAGCUACCAGCUGGCUCCGGCGGUUCAAGCGUUCAUUUACAUUGCCCAUGGUGUUGAGAUGCUCGUUUUGGCUCGUGGCCGCUUGAGGAGACAUUGGGUCGAGACGUUCAGUCGGACUUGGUGGCUGUGGCUUGGCGAGUGUUCGCUUGUGGGAUACUCUGCCUUUCAGCACUUUGAUCGCACGGUCAAGGCGAAAGAGGAUGCGAAGGGUGGGAAGGCACAGCAUUAA